GCCGGUGUCAGCUGAUUUACCGCAGCAGCAACGGCGGUGGCACCUUGCAACCCAGGCAGGGUGAGGGCGGCCGCCGGGGCGUGCGGUUCCCCGGGUUCGCCCACCCGGACUUGCGGGUCGCCUGGGUCCUCCUCGGGUACGCACGGCCUUUGCCUUUGCGGGGGCGCCCACAGCAUCUUCUACAGACAUGAUUAUCGCCUGAGGUGAAGCCUUGACAGGUUUGAAAACGCAAUGGCAGGAAACAGUCUGGUUUUGCCCAUUGUUCUUUGGGGCCGGAAAGCACCUACUCAUUGUAUUUCAUCAAUACUGUUAACAGAUGAUGGUGGCACAAUUGUAACUGGCUGCCAUGAUGGACAGAUAUGUCUCUGGGAUCUUUCAGUAGACUUGGAAGUUAAUCCCCGAGCACUGCUAUUUGGUCACACAGCAUCGAUCACUUGUUUGUCAAAAGCUUGUGCUUCUGGGGACAAACAGUAUACUGUGAGCGCGUCUGCAAAUGGAGAGAUGUGCCUCUGGGACGUGAAUGAUGGCAGAUGUAUUGAAUUUACAAAAUUAGCCUGCACCCAUACUGGCAUACAGUUCUACCAAUUCUCUGUUGGAAAUCAGCAAGAAGGAAGGCUUUUAUGCCAUGGACAUUACCCUGAAAUCCUCGUUGUGGACGCUACUAGCCUUGAGGUGUUGUAUUCUUUAGUAUCAAAGAUAUCACCAGACUGGAUUAGCUCCAUGAGUAUUAUCCGCUCUCACCGGACACAAGAGGACACUGUGGUAGCACUCUCUGUGACAGGCAUCCUGAAGGUGUGGAUUGUCACCUCUGAAACUGGUGGAAUGCAGGAUACUGAGCCAAUAUUUGAGGAGGAAUCAAAACCAAUUUAUUGUCAGAAUUGCCAAAGCAUCUCUUUUUGUGCAUUCACACAGAGGUCACUUUUGGUUGUAUGCUCCAAAUAUUGGAGGGUAUUCGAUGCUGGAGACUACUCCCUGUUAUGUUCAGGUCCUAGUGAAAAUGGACAGACGUGGACUGGAGGGGACUUUGUAUCUGCAGACAAAGUCAUCAUUUGGACUGAAAAUGGACAGAGUUACAUUUACAAACUCCCUGCCAGUUGCCUUCCAGCUAGUGAUUCAUUCCGCAGUGAUGUGGGAAAAGCAGUUGAAAAUUUAAUUCCUCCUGUGCAACAUAGCAUCUUGGAUCAAAAAGAUAAAGAGUUGGUCAUUUGUCCUCCUGUUACUCGGUUCUUCUAUGGAUGCAAGGAGUAUUUGCAUAAGCUAUUAAUUCAGGGCGAUUCUUCUGGAAGGUUAAAUAUUUGGAACAUAUCAGACAUAGCUGAUAAACAGGAAGGCGAUGAAGGGCUAAAAAUGACAACUUGUAUUAGUUUGCAAGAGGCAUUUGACAAACUGAGGCCUUGUCCUGCUGGAAUCAUAGAUCAGUUAAGUGUGAUUCCCAAUAGCAAUGAACCUCUUAAGGUGACUGCGAGCGUCUAUAUACCAGCACACGGACGACUUGUUUGUGGCCGGGAAGAUGGAAGCAUAAUUAUUGUACCUGCCACCCAGACGGCUAUUGUUCAGCUACUGCAAGGAGAACACAUGCUCAGAAGAGGUUGGCCCCCUCACAGAACGCUCCGUGGCCAUCGGAGCAAAGUCACAUGUUUGCUGUACCCUCAUCAGGUCUCAACUCGCUACGACCAAAGAUACCUGAUAUCUGGAGGUGUGGAUUUUUCCGUCAUAAUUUGGGACAUAUUUUCUGGAGAAAUGAAACAUAUCUUCUGUGUUCAUGGUGGUGAGAUCACACAACUUCUGGUCCCACCUGAAAACUGUAGCGCAAGAGUUCAACAUUGCAUCUGUUCUGUAGCCAGUGACCACUCAGUAGGACUUCUAAGUUUGCGGGAGAAAAAAUGCAUCAUGUUGGCGUCUCGCCACCUGUUUCCUAUUCAGGUGAUCAAGUGGAGGCCUUCUGACGACUACCUGGUGGUGGGAUGCACAGAUGGCUCUGUGUAUGUCUGGCAGAUGGACACUGGUGCGCUGGAUCGCUGUGCGAUGGGAAUAACAGCGGUGGAGAUACUGAACGCUUGCGAUGAGGCCGUUCCUGCUGCAGUAGACUCUCUUAGUCAUCCAGCAGUCAACCUGAAACAAGCCAUGACGAGACGUAGUCUUGCUGCCCUUAAAAAUAUGGCCCACCAUAAGCUGCAAACUCUUGCGACUAACCUCCUGGCUUCUGAGGCCUCUGACAAGGGGAAUUUACCUAAAUAUUCUCAUAACUCCCUGAUGGUUCAAGCAAUAAAGACAAACCUAACAGAUCCGGACAUCCAUGUGCUGUUCUUUGAUGUGGAAGCUUUGAUUAUUCAACUCCUGACUGAAGAAGCCUCUAGGCCGAAUACUGCACUUAUUUCCCCAGAGAAUUUGCAAAAAGCAUCUGGCAGUUCAGACAAAGGGGGCUCUUUUCUAACUGGGAAACGAGCAGCAGUUCUUUUCCAGCAAGUGAAGGAGACUAUCAAAGAGAACAUAAAGGAACACCUCCUCGAUGAGGAAGAGGAGGAUGAGGAGACGAUGAGGCAGAGAAGAGAAGACAGUGACCCUGAGUACCGGGCCAGCAAGUCCAAGCCGCUGACCUUACUAGAGUACAAUCUAACCAUGGAUACUGCAAAAUUAUUCAUGUCCUGUCUUCAUGCCUGGGGUCUGAAUGAGGUUCUGGAUGAAGUCUGUCUUGAUCGUCUCGGAAUGCUGAAACCGCACUGCACAGUGUCCUUCGGUCUCUUAUCGAGAGGAGGUCAUAUGUCGUUGAUGCUUCCUGGUUAUAAUCAGGCAGCUGGUAAACUCCUUCCUGGGAAAGCAGAAAUAGGGAGGAAGCUGCCAACAGCUGAGGGAGUAGGAAAGGGGACCUACACAGUGUCUCGUGCCGUCACCACUCAACAUCUGCUGUCCAUCAUAUCGCUGGCAAACACUUUAAUGAGUAUGACCAAUGCGACUUUCAUUGGUGAUCACAUGAAGAAGGGCCCGACCAGGCCACCUAGACCGGGCACCCCAGACCUUUCUAAGGCAAGGGGUUCCCCUCCAACUUCCAGUAAUAUUGUGCAAGGACAGAUUAAACAAGGAUGGAGCCAGUUAGCGGCCAUGCACUGUGUUAUGCUGCCUGACCUGCUGGGCCUGGAUAAAUUCAGGCCUCCUCUUCUGGAGAUGCUGGCUCGACGAUGGCAAGAUCGAUGCUUGGAGGUGAGAGAGGCUGCCCAGGCCCUGCUUCUGGCCGAGCUGAGAAGAAUUGAGCAGGCAGGACGAAAAGAAACUAUUGAUACCUGGGCUCCUUAUUUACCUCAAUAUAUGGACCAUGUCAUAUCACCUGGUGUCACCGCAGAAGCCAUUCAGACUAUGGCAGCAGCUCCAGAUACCUCAGGGCCUGAAGCCAAAGUCCAGGAAGAAGAGCAUGACCUCGUGGAUGAUGACAUCACAACUGGUUGCUUAUCGAGUGUCCCACAAAUGAAGAAAAUGUCCACCUCUUAUGAAGAAAGGCGGAAGCAGGCCACCGCUAUUGUCCUCCUGGGAGUGAUAGGCGCGGAAUUUGGAGCUGAAAUUGAACCACCGAAGCUGCUGACCAGACCUCGCAGCUCCAGUCAAAUUCCUGAAGGAUUUGGUUUGACCAGUGGAGGCUCCAACUACUCACUGGCCAGACAUACCUGUAAGGCACUGACAUUUCUUCUGCUGCAGCCACCGAGUCCCAAACUUCCUCCUCAUAGCACCAUCCGGAGAACCGCCAUUGACCUGAUUGGACGAGGGUUCACUGUGUGGGAGCCUUACAUGGAUGUGUCCGCUGUUCUGAUGGGGCUUCUGGAGCUGUGUGCAGACGCGGAGAAACAACUUGCCAACAUCACAAUGGGGCUGCCUCUGAGCCCUGCAGCUGACUCUGCCCGCUCUGCAAGGCAUGCCCUUUCUCUCAUUGCCACUGCCAGACCACCCGCCUUCAUCACCACCAUAGCUAAGGAGGUACACAGACACACGGCCCUUGCAGCAAAUACCCAGUCACAGCAGAGCAUACAUACAACAACCCUGGCAAGAGCUAAAGGGGAAAUCCUGAGAGUCAUUGAAAUUCUCAUUGAAAAAAUGCCUACAGACGUUGUGGACCUUCUUGUGGAGGUCAUGGACAUCAUCAUGUACUGUCUUGAAGGAUCUUUAGUUAAAAAGAAGGGUCUUCAGGAAUGCUUUCCAGCUAUCUGCAGGUUCUACAUGGUCAGCUAUUAUGAACGGAGUCACAGAAUUGCAGUUGGAGCACGCCAUGGCUCAGUGGCCCUGUAUGACAUCCGGACUGGAAAAUGUCAGACAAUCCAUGGGCACAAGGGACCAAUCACUGCAGUGUCCUUUGCUCCUGAUGGGCGUUAUCUUGCCACCUACUCAAACACUGACAGCCACAUUUCUUUCUGGCAGAUGAACACAUCACUCCUGGGAAGCAUUGGCAUGCUGAACUCAGCACCUCAGCUACGUUGCAUUAAGACCUACCAGGUCCCUCCAGUACAGCCAGCAUCCCCUGGCUCCCACAACGCCCUUCGGCUGGCCCGCCUCAUCUGGACUUCCAACCGGAAUGUUAUCCUUAUGGCCCAUGAUGGGAAGGAACAUCGCUUCAUGGUCUAACACUGCUGUCUGCUGCCUUGGCUGCCUGUUAAUUCUAUAUUGUCUAAGCCGAUGCUGCUCUGUCCUUACUCAUACUGGACUUUUGUAUGCUACCUGUGCCCUCCUCAAUGCCAUCCAGGGGCAUGGCCAGGUCUGUGUCACUUGUGCAUGCUUCUUGGGGACAGACUCUACAUGGGCAGCCUAUCGAUUUAAAGGCACACACACCACUCAACAGGAUGUGGCUAUUCUGUCACUAGGUGGGUUUUCCCUGCAGAGAUAGGAGGGGAGAGCUGGUGGUUCCUGGAGAUGCUCUUGUUGCUUGAUGUAACAAACGCCUGAAAAUCAAUAACCACUGUGAUUGCAUCCCAGCCCUGAUCCUCAUUGUCAGCCCUGGAAGCUCAGCCCUGACCUGGAUUCUGGGGCAAUGCAGAGUCCUCAUUAUUGAAAUUACUUCCCUUUGGAUUUCCCAAACUUACUGUUGUUUACCAAACCUCUUCCAUGUUUACAUUGAGUUUUUCCUACUAGCAGUUGAUAGGCAGUUACUCAAUUCCAUUUCCUGGAAUUCGGCCACUGCCUUCUCAGUAACACCAAUCCCUAUUUGAGAUUAAUAAGAAAAUAUGAAAAUACACAUGUAUUUUUUUCUUUUAGAAAAUAGUUUUCCAGAUAGCUAGCUUUCUAAAAUGCUCAUUUCCUGCUUAAAUGUUAGUAUAUUUCAUAGUUUAAAAUAUGGAUCAUCCCUACUCACCAUGUGGCGACCAUCGCUGACCUUCUAAGGGGACUCGCAACCAAGAACCAAGUUUGGAAGCAUAGCGUAUUUGUACAGUGGGGAGAGUCGCCUAUGUGUCACUAUAGAUUCCUCUGUUCAGAAAGGGCCUCCUC